AUGCUUGCAACACAAUGCCGUGCGGGCAUUCACAACCUCCUCAAUCCGUCCAUGUCUCCUCCUCGCGGCCCCCCUCGCCUCGUCCCUCCAGCCAACUUCUUCCGCAUCAGGAGCGCACUGGCGUACGGCUCGCGCAAGCUGAACGCGGCGCUGAACGGCCCGGAGGAGCUGGUGGCUCUGGAGGUGGACCGGUUCUUCCGCAACACGUGGGUCCGCAACGCCUCUGGUUCCCGCCCAGACGGCUCCAACCACGAGUUCGUCCUCCAGCACAUGCCCCGCCGCUUGCCGCUCUUCGCCCAGCCCAUGCCGCCCCCGGUGCAACCCGGAGGCGUGGCACCCGCAGUUGCAAGCGCGGCAGCAGGUGCAGGAGUAGGGGCAGGAGCAGGAGCAGGGGCGGGGACUGGUGUUUAUGCUGUUAGGCCGGUCGUGGGUGUUGGUGGGGGGUACCGGGGGCAAGUGAACGCAGCAGCGGCUCAUGAGAACAAGCCUCCGGGGGAGGGGGAUGUUAUGCGGGCGCCGUACUCCCAUGGGGGGCAGCAUGGCGUGGUGAUGAACGGAAACAUUGCCGGGCAUGUUCCUGGGAACGUGGCUGGGAACAUGGGUGGGAACAUGGGGAGGCGGCAGCAGGUGCAGGCGUCGGAUGGGCCCCACCGGGUGCCAUAUGGGGGAGGUCAUACCUGGAUCCCUGCUCCUCUGUUCCCUGUGCCUGCUAAUGUGGCGCAUGUUCCCAGUGCAAGAGCUUCCCCUCCCAUGGCUGGUGGCCCGAGACACGUGCAGCUGGCUCAGCAGCAGCAACAGCAACACCAUCAGGCUCAGCAGCAGCAGCUGCAGCAGCAGCAGCAGCAACAGCACCACCACCAACAGUCGCAGCAGCAACAGCAGCAACGACAAUACCUACAGGCACACCAUCAGCAGCAACAGCAAUCGCAACAGCAGCAGCAGCAGCAGCAGCAGCAGCAGUUGCAGCAGCAGGCACAGCAGCAGGCGCAACAACAGCAGCCACAGGGACAUACAAAGAGAGCAGAAGCAGUCAACGGGGUAUAUCCUGUCCCACCAGUGCGGCCCACUCCGGACCUAGCAGCAACCCCUCACAGAACAGCACAGGCGGAUGAUCAUGCAGUGCAGGCAGGCACACACGAAGCCACAGUGGCUGUGAGGCCGACUGAGAAUAGUGUCCGUCCCUUGGAGCAGGCCGUUGGUGCUACUGGCAUUAGAGCUUCUGUGGCGCAAGACACGUUGGUGAGCGAGCUUGUGGAGAGGAAGAAGGCGGGAAGCGCAGUUGCACGUGUGAGGGAGGAGCAGCGAAGCGAGAGUGAACGGAGUGGAGGAAGUGAGGGGAACCAAGGGAGUGAAAGGAAUGAAAGAAAUGAAGGGAGUGAAAGCCAGGGCGCACAGCAGGGCGCACAGGGAGGGUUGGACGGAGGGAGUGCAGGACCUGCUGUCAGCUCAGGGAAAGGCGAGGGGAAGGCGGCAGCAAGGCAAUCAGACACAGCAUCACGAGGUGAACAAGAAGAAGCUGGUUCCGGUUCACGCGCUGCCAAGGGAGCAUCGAGAGCCUCCUCCUCCCCAGUCAUGUCCAGCACCAGUUCCCCCACGCCCGACACCAUUCUCACCACCCUAGACGCCCGUUCCCAACCCGUUCAACCCACUGCCGCCCCUGCUCCGCUCGGCCCUCCUCUAGGCCCUCCAGCUAACUCCUCCUCUGGCCCUUCACCUCUCCCGCAUGUCAGCCCGUUCCCCUUCCCCCCAGGGCUCCUCAUCAUGGCUUCUACCCCUAACGGCCCCUGCCUUGUUCCGCUCUCCGCCUUCCCAGGGGCGUUGCACCCGCGGCUGCUACAGAUGCCUGUGCAGCAGCUGCAGGCGUUUGGAUCUCAGCCGUCGGAUGAAAGCUUCUCCCAGCAGCUACAGCAGCAGCUGCAGCAGCAGAUGCAGAUGCAGCUGCAGAUACAGCAGCAGCUACAGCCGAGACGAGAUGGGGAGGCCAAGGCAUCUGGUCCAGGUUCAGGCAGCAACCUGCCACACAUCAUGCCAGGAUCCCAAACCAGGCUCCCUGUUUCAAACUCGGAAGGUUCCGCGGCUCUUCCUCCAGUCCCACAGCUCUUUCCAUACAUGGCGCUUCCCAUGCCCCUGCCGGCAGCAGCAGGCUUUUCGCAAGCGCCUGGGCUCGUGCCUGUGCGACCGGGAGGGGCCGAAGGGGAAGGGUCGUACAGGGGAGCAUUUGGUGUGGGUGACAGUGCUGCUAACGCGGAUGGCCUUGGGGUUUCAGACGCAGCAGCAGGUGCCCCCGCUGCUGCUGUUGCUGUUGGUAGCAGCGCUAGUGGUGGUGAUGGUGGUAGGGGAGACUCAGGUGCUGCGGUUGCUGCUGUGCCACCUCCUAUGUUGUGGCAAAGGAUGGACCAGCUGCAGCAGGCGCCAGGCUCGAAGCUGCAGGAGUCAAGGCAAGCGUUGGGAGAGCUGAUUGGAUCAGCAGCAGGAGCAGCAGAGGGAGUUCAGGUCCCCUUACCCGAGGGCGUCAAGUCAGUCACACCGCCUCCAGGACACGUCCCCUUCAUUCCCCUCAUCCGCCCUGCCUCUGGCGCCCCUCCCUUCGCCCAGAUUCCAGGCAUGGCGCCGUUUCUCCCGCAAAUCCCCAUCAGGGCGCUCCACCUCGCUCCCCCGUGGAUGUUCCCCCCGCAUGCCCAUGCGCCCAUGCAAGCCCAGGGCGCUGGCGUGGCAGCAGGUGAUUGGUCGGAUGGACUGGCCAGGGCGGGUUCGCCUAUGGCUGGUAACGCUCUGGGUCUGUCUGGGUCUGCAGCGGUGGGGAAGAAUGCGGAAGGGGAUGGGAGGGAGGAGGUGGAGAAAACAGGACCAGGGCUCGUGGCAGGACUGGGGGCAGGACUUGGGGCAGGUCCUGGGACAGGUCCUAGGGCAGCAGCAGGGGCGCCCGUGGUGUUUGUGGGAGAGGGGAAGGCAGGUGUUGGCACUAGCAGCAGCAGUGGUGGCGAUGCUAGUGGGUGGAGUGGUGGUGGGAUUGCCGGGCCACAGCUGACCCCGUUGACCCCGUUGACCCCGUUGACCUCCACUGGUUCGCCUUUGGUGGGUUCGUUAGCCAUGCCAUUGGGCAGGGAAUCUCCAGGGCAGUCACCUGCCCUGAAUAGACCCUCCCCAGGCGUACCUGCCCCAAGUAGACCCUCCCCAGGUGCACCCACCCCUCUGCUCCACCCGACGUCUGCCAUCCCGUCACCCACGUUUGGCCCAUCCAAACCAAGCACCGAUCCCACAAAGCAGCAGCCAUAUGUCCCAUCCACUUUCCCCACUGGGGUUCCAGGGUCCUCAGGGGUUCCAGGGGUUCAAGGGGGAGGUCCUGGUGCUAACCCAGGGGGCGUAUUCCCCCUCCACCCCUUCUCCCGCCCGUUAGGCCCCCAAGCUGUCCUGCUGUCUCAUCUAGGCGGUCCGCCUGGUGUCUUUCCCUCGUACGUCCUUGCUAAUACUCCCGUCACGCAAGCAGGUGCACCUGGCGCACAGGGCGUAGGUGUCCCUGGUGCAACCCCAAGCGUUCCAACCACAGCAAGUGGCGCUGCUGCUGCUCCUGCCACUGGGAUGCCUAGUGCUGCUGCGGCUGCUGCUGCUGCUCCUGCUGUCACUGCUCCCUCGCUCUCCGUGCUGGCUAAUCCUGUGCCAGGGCAGGCUGCAGGAGGCAGUGAGGGAAGCAAGGCGGUGCAGGUGCUGCCCAACCCGCAGCUGCUGCAGCCAAGCACGUUCCCUCCUGGUGUGAUACCAGGUGGAAUCUCAGGUGGGCUCUCAGGUGGGCCAUACUCCUUCAUGCUCAUGUAUGCCCCCCAAGCUGGCAUGCUCCCGGGCGGCAGUGUGCCAGGUGUAGGGGCGGCAGGGGCAGGCAGUGGAGGAGGAGGGUUGGGAGUAGCGGGGGUGGGAGGAGGGGCUGAAGGAGGAGAGGGAGGGACGGGAAGAGUAGCUGGUGGUGAGGGAGGAGGGCUAGGAGGGAAGGAGGAGGGGAUGCUGAGCACGGUGCGUGCACGGUCCAAUUCCGUGGCCACAAGAGACCCAUCGUCUUCCUCUGCCAGUGCUCCACGCGUGGUGCGAGGCAGGGGCGGCAGCGGCGGGGGGAGUGAGGGCGUGUUAGCAGAGCCUCGCAGGGGGGCCAGUGGAGUGGGGGGCGAAGGUGGGGUAGCAGAGCCACGGGCUGAUGCUGCUGGGGAGUCUGCGUCUUGGGGCAGUGGGGAAGGUUCUCAAUGGGGCCAUGGCACCACUGCCGGUGCAGUGAGAGGGGAGGCGCGGCAUUCAGGUGGAGGGAAGCAGCAGCGAGGGGGCACAAGAGGGGAGGAUGGCCGAGGUGAGGGGAGUGGAAGGGGAGAGGUCAGCGGAAGAGGGGAAGGGAGUGGGAGAGAAGGGGGUGGAAGGGAAGGCAGUGGAAGAGGAGGGGAGAGAGUCGGGCAUCGUAGGGGAGAGGCUCAGGAUAUGGGAGAACAGGCAGAACAGCCUUCCUCAAAACUCCAACAACAGCAGCAGCCAGCAGCACUCAAGGGAGCACUAGGGGUGCCCCAACAGCAGCAGGGUCAGGUUUUGGCAAAGCCGAAGCAGAGUCUUGGCGCACCUCCCAUGGCACAGCAGGGCGCCGAGCCUGUAGAGCUGGACCGGCGAGUGCCCGAACCAGAUGACGAGCCUCUAGCUUCGGCGGAAACGGUGACCAUCAGUUGGAGGUCGUCCUUACGGCCGGGGGAAGAAAGGCAGGCGGCAGGGAAAAGGGCACCAAGAGCUUCCCAGCAGCAGAUACAGGCCACGGGGUGGGGAGAACUGGAGGCGGCUGGAGUGUCAGCAGCAGCAGGAGGGGAGGUGGCAUCUAGGGAAGGCACAGCUCGUGAGGGUCCACAGCGAGUGCGCAGCCUGGGAGGGGCGUCCCGGUCAGAAGACAGGUUCUACAGCGCUCACCGAGGAGGACUUGGUAACCGCAAGGGCCUGGGCUUGACAGGAACUGCAGCUGCUGGUGCUGCUGGUGGUACUGCUGCUGGUUCUGCUGCUGCUGGUUCUGCUUCUGGUGGUUCUAGUGGUGGCAGUGAUGGGGGCUCAGAUGGGCUGGGGAGUUCUGGAGGGUCCAUGGCACCUGGCGCACCAACAGCAGGGCCAGGAGUUUCUUCAGGUAGCUCAGGUGCCUCUGGUGUCUCAGGGCCUAAGAGUAGUUCCAGUGGAGGUAGCUCAGUGGUGAGUGCCAGGGAGAGAGGAGGGUUCAGCAGUACUGGGGGGAAGGCGGAGAGCAGGAGCAGCGCUGGCAAGGGUGCUGCAGGCUCAGCUUUGUCGCCUGCAGCGUCGGCGGUGCCACCGUCUCUGCGGUCGAUGUCGCCUCGGGCGGGUGGGAAGGGGAGUGCGGGCGUAGGGGCGGGUCGGAGUGGGCAGAGUGGGAGCGGAAGUGGCUCCCCGGUGUUGAACUCUCCCAAAGCAGGGAAAAGAAUAAGGGGAAAGAGGGAGGAUGGGGUGAAAUGGUGGGAGGGGAAGGUGGGGGGGAGAGUGCAGCCGGAGGCAGUGUUGGAGGAGCUACAUAUUAGGGACUUCGCGCUGGUGGAGCGCCAGGUGCUGCAUUUCUCGCCUGCUUUCAACGUCAUCACAGGCGACAGCGGGUCCGGCAAGUCAAUCAUCGUGCAGGCAAUAGGGCAGGUAUUGGGAGCAGCAGCAUCUGAGGACUCUGAAGGUAGGCUAGAUGUGGUGAAGGCCGUUACUGGGGGAGGUGGUUUAGCUGAUGGUGCAGGUGAUAAAAACGGAAAGCAGGAGGAGCGUGGUUCAGGAAUGAGCAGUGCUGGUCGUGUGAGAAUGAAGGUGAUUCUAGAAAGGGAGAUUUUCCGCUCUGUUGCUGCUGAUGGUGAUGCUUAUAGCGAGUCUGAGGCUGAUGGCAGCAGCAACAGAGGAGGAAGCAGCAGCAAGAGCGGAGGCAAGAGCGGGAGCAAGGGCAGGAGCUCGAGCGGAAGCAAGGGCAGGAGCAGCAAGGCGCGGAGUGUGUGCCGGGUGAAUGGAGUGGUGGUGCCUCUGAAGGUUCUGCGUGCCGUGGGUGCAGCCCUGGUGGACCUGAACGGGCAAAACGCGCAGGGGGCUCUUAGAAGCGAAGGCGCUCAGCUGAUGCUGCUGGAUAGAUUUGCAGCGCGGUGGGGGGAUGGGGAAGGGAUGGAGAAGGGUGGAGGGAAGGGUGUGGGGAAGGAGAGAGAGGGGGAGGGAAGGACGAGGGAGGAGGAAGAGGAGGGGAGAAGGGAGGGAGAGGAGGAAGAGGAGGGAGAUGAGGAGGGUGAGGAGGAGAGGGUGGAGGUGGGAGUGUUGUUGGCGAGGGCGCAACAGGUGUGGGAGGAACAGAAGAAGCUUCAGGAGGCAGGGGGGGAGCAGGCGCUGAUGGUGCUGCAGGAACUGGUGGACGAUGUGGAAAGGUUAGGCCUGAAAGAAGGCGAGGUGGAGGCGAUUAGGGAGGAGAUCAAGGAGCACGAGCGGGCAGGCAGGGCAGCUGAGAGCUGUAGUCGCGCCCACGGGAUGCUGGAGGGGACUGGAGCGUUAGGCGUGCUGCAUGGGUUGAGUAAGGCUGUGGAGGAGUUGAGAGAGGUGGAGGAGGAGGAGCAGGAGCAGGAAGAGCAGGAGGGGGAGGAGGAUGAGGGGAUUGGGAGGAAAGGGAAGAGGGGAGGGAGGGGUGGUGCAGGGGGGUAUGUGCAGAGGGGGAGGUUGGAGGAUGUUUCAGCUGCUUUGGAGCUCCUGGGGGAAGCUAAGAUGCUGGUGAACAGAGCGGUGAGUGGUGGUAACAGAGCGGUGAGUGGUGUGAACAGAGCGGUGAGUGGUGGUAACAGAGCGGUGAGUGGUGGUAACAGAGCGGUGAGUGUUGAGAACAGAGCGGUGAGUGCUGAGAACAGAGCGAAGGACCACGUGGAGUGCUACUUGGACGACCUGCGGUUCUCACGGGAACGCAUGGACCGGCUCAAAAAGCGGUUGAGAGAGAUAGAAAUUGUUCGCAAGCGCCACGCCAUUCGAUCAGCAGCAGAGCUCUGGUCGGCGGCCCAGACGGCGGCAGAUCAGAUCGCCACCUCAGGGAGUGUGGAGAAGAGGCGAAGGGAGCUACAAGACGAAAUGAGCCACCUCGCUGCGGAGAUCGGGCGGCUCUUUUUGGCAGCUAGCAGGAGGAGGCGGGUGGCAGCAGAGGACCUGGGGGAGAGAGUGGAGGGCGUGCUGAGAGGGCUGGAGAUGGGUGCCGCGCGGUUCAGAGCGGUCGUGUCGUGGGAGCCAGCAGCCCCCCACUUCUACAGUGCCACGUCAGCUCCUCUCAGCCAAUCACAGCUCAGCAUGCAAGAGAGAAGAAGGGGUGGUGGAGGAGAGGGAGUGAGGGCGAGGAGGGUAGGGGGGAGUGGCGGCUGGGGAAGGGAGGUAGAAUCAGAGUGGGAAGAGGAAGGGGAAGGCGAUGAGGAAGAGGAAAGGGAGGAAGAAGAGGAGGAAGACGAUGAGGAGGAGGAGGGGGAAGAGGAGGAGGAAAGCGGGCAGCAGAAGCAGCAUGGGACAGAGAUUUUGGUGGAGGAGGGAUUGAUACGAGUGGAGGGGGCUGAGAGUGUGGGCGAGAGGAGCGACGUGCUCUAUCGAUACAGCAGCACUGGCAUGGAUAGGGUGGGUGGCAUGAGCACGAGGGUGGGUGGCAUGAGCGUCAUGUGCAUCACCCAUCUGCCCCACGCAGACACGCACAUGAGUGUGAGCGCAGGGGGGAAGAAGGGAAAGGACAAGGUCAUUUGCAUCACCCACCUGCCGCAGGUGGCAGUGUAUGCAGACGCACACAUCGUUGUGAGCAAGCACAUGGAUGGGGUUGAUGGGCGCAUGCGCACCACUGCUGCACCACUCCUCCCCCUCCAUUCUCCCUGCCCCACACCCCCUUUCCCGCAGGUGAUCUGCAUCACCCACCUGCCGCAGGUGGCAGUGCACGCCGACGCGCACAUCAGCGUGAUCUGCAUCACCCACCUGCCGCAGGUGGCAGUGCAUGCCGACGCGCACAUCAGCGUGAGCAAGCACAUGGACGGGGCAGAUGGUCGCAUGCGCACCACUGCUGCCCGCCUCACGACCCUGGAGGAACGGGCCUCGGAGGUGGCUCAGAUGCUGGGGCUGGGCCUGCCCUCAGCCCUGGAGCUGUUUAAAGCAAAGGGAGGCAUGGAGAGAGCAGUGAACACAGUGAACACAGAGCGGCACUUGAAGGCUGUCCAGAGGGAUGCUUGA